CACAAUUUUCUUCAGAAAUAUGUUGGAGGAAUAGCAGUAUAUGAGCUACUGUGCACGUUAUUCGUCUGUUUUCAUAAAGAUGAAUAAAGUCUCAUUGCAUUAUUAACAUCCAUGUAAAUGUGAUUUGGUGGGCUGUGACCUUAAUUGAAUGGGAGGAGUUUCAAAUGAAAUUUAGUGUAAAGCCCUCUGCCCCUCCCUUGCUGUCUCUUCAGCAUGCUUAUUCACACACAAACAUAGACACACACACAUAUUCACCCACAAUCUCACACUUUCACGCUCUCACAUAUCAGUACAGAAUGAUCCAUAAGGAGUCUCAGUCUUCAGACCACCUUACAGCAGCUUCACGCAGAGGGGUGAUGAUGUCAAAAGUGGCAAUAGCUUUGGUCGCUUUCUUUCUGCUGGCCAGUGUAGCGGUCAUCAUUAGUAUAGCAGUUGUACAAACUCAUAAGAAGACUCGCCUCUCCCCUGGACUGAAGUAUGGUAUUGUAUUGGAUGCAGGCUCCUCCAGGACUACUAUAUAUCUCUAUGAGUGGCCCGCUGAGAAAGAAAACAACACUGGAGUUGUGACCCAGACAAUGAAGUGUCAGGUUGAAGGUCCUGGAAUUUCAGAUCUACGUGUAGACUCUGCUAAGGACAAGACGACGUGGGAAAGUUUUAAUUUUUGCAUGUCGGAGAUAACCAAGGCCAUUCCAGCCAAACAGCACAGUCAGACGCCUGUGUUCCUCGGAGCAACAGCAGGAAUGAGACUUCUACAACAAAAAAAUCCAGAAAGGUCCAACACUAUCCUGAGAGACAUGCGAAACUACCUCAUGGGUUAUCCUUUCAACUUCCGUAAUGCUUCCAUCAUGUCCGGGCUGGAAGAGGGUCUUUACGGCUGGAUCACUGUCAACUACCUGAUGGGUAAUUUUCUCGAGAAAACUCUAUGGGAUGCCUGGGUACAUCCUCAUGGAGCUAAUACCGUUGGCUCGUUGGAUUUGGGUGGAGCCUCCACCCAGAUUGCCUUUGCCAUACCCGAUGAUGCUGAAGGAGAAGACAUUAUCAAGGUUUCACUCUAUGGCUAUGAAUACAACAUCUACACACAUAGUUUUCUCUGCUAUGGGAGAAAUGAAGCUGAGAAGAGAGCUUUGGCCAAACUUUCAAAGGAAUCCAGUAACUGGUCUAAUGUAAAGAAUCCGUGUUAUCCUGCUGGCUACAACAUCACUAUGCUUGCAGAAGAGAUUUUUGGCAGCGAGUGCACAAAGAACCAAAUUACUUCGAAGUACACCCCCACACGACAAAUCACUUUCUAUGGACAGAGUAACCCAGAACAGUGCAAAGUCCUGGUUAGGAGCAUCUUUGACCUGACGUCCUGCCAGGAAGGUGAAAACUGCUCUUUUGAUGGAGUUUCUCAACCACAACUCGGUGGAGACUUCAUGGCUUAUGCGGGGUUCUACUGGGCUGCCUUGUCGCUUAAUGUGACAGGUUCAAAGAGUAUGGAGACAUUCAAUGUCAACAGGAUGGAGCUCUGCUCAAACAACUGGAAAACUCUAAAAGAAAAGCAUGUGGACAAGGACAUCCAUGUGAAGUCCUUUUGCUUCUCAGCAAACUAUGUGCACACUAUCCUUGCAGACGGAUACAAGUUCAACGCUGACAACUGGAAAAGUCUCAAUUUUCAGAAAGAGGUGAAUAAGACCAGUAUAGCCUGGUCCCUGGGCUACAUGCUCGCACUUUCCAACAUGAUUCCAGCAGAAGGGAAAAUCCUCAAGCUACCCAUAGACAACGUUCUCUUCACUGGACUGCUUCUCGCGUUCUCGGCUCUGACCAUUAUCACCCUCACGUACCUUGUCAUCGCACUGGCCCGCUACUGUUACUGAAGUUUGUGACCUGACCUCUGCUUCUUUACUGAGUUCUCGUCUGAAGGACUUGUCUCCGCAUAGGCAGGUUUUGUAAGUCAGGUGAGAUCCUGAUGUGUUGCUGCAGAUGAACCUGCUAGAGAUGGAUCUUUAAUUUUGGAGCCCGAAGGCACUGUUUUGAAGGUCCAACAAUGCCGAGGUUUAAAAAAAUACCUGAAUGUUAUUCAGUGUGUUGGCUAUUUAAAGAGAUGUGCGUUAUCUGUAAUAAAUGUAAAAAGAACCCAAACUUUAAGAGGGAGUGUACAGGUAUUCAAGCCUUUGCUGUGAAUUUAAAUGAAAACUUCAGAGUGAACUGUUUUAUCUUAGAAAAAAAAUAUCUAGAAUGGUCGUGACGUUGUUUGUGUAUUGUAAUGUUUGUCUCACUGCACUGCAUCAUGCCUUCAUAUCUAAUACAAAUUGUAUUUCUGCAUGUGCUCUUCAGAACACGUUGUCUUUGGAUGAAAUCUGUCAUUGUACUCUAAAUAAAUGUUAUGGUUGAUAAUUGACAGUGUAGUGUAGUGUUAACUGUUGAUUUUUCUCUUAAAGCUACAGCCGUCAUACACAAACACAAUAAAUAAAAAAUAUCAUAUCAUAAAUGACCAGUAAUCAGCUGAAAUGUAUUAUUUAAGUGAACUUUGUGUGGCUACUUUUAGAGAAGAGCAUUAUUCACUGCCAUUAUAAGGACAAAAACCAGCACAACAUCCGUGUUUUGCUUUUAAAAGAAUAAAGAAAAGUUUUAUUCUUUUUUUUAAAAGCAUGUGAAACAUUUAACUAAAGGCAGUUUCUAUUCAGAAUAAAGUACACUGUAAAAAAUGUUUAAGCCUGCACAACAAAAAAACUUUUUCUUGUUCACUCAACGUUUUGGAAUAGAAGUUGUACUGAUUUAAAACAACCAAUUGGAGAUACAAAAAAUAAUUAAUUGAGGUAAUUUAGGAUUAUUAGUUUUCUUGAGAGGUUCAAAAAUUAUGUUUAAGUCAUUAGUUGUCACAAUAUAGUCAAGUUUACUUAAUGAACAUCAUAACAAAAUAUUUUUUGUUGGCUGAACAUAAAUAAAGAAUAUAGAUUAGUUGUUUAAAAACACAUAUAUUUGUCUUUUACUACAAUUGUAGGUUACUUGUUUUCUGCCUCAAACAGACCAAAAAUUUGAUCAAAUAACUGUUUGAACAGUUUGAGUUGAGUGCAUUUAUACGGGGUUUGGUGUUGUGUCAUGCACUUACACCUCAACAUUGAACACACAAACCUCAACCAUGGUAAAAAUCAAAAAUCAUCAUUCAUUAAACAACUCUAAACACAACAGAUAACUAACAGUAACAACAAGAUUAAAGCAUGAAGCCAGCAAGAACUAAAACACUAAUCUUUAAAAGAAAAACAAAUAAGAAACACAACAUGCUGCAGUGCAUCUUGGGAACUUUCAAACUCUUGCUAUAUUGUUUGUUCAGAAUACACUGUUUUGUAAGUGGGGCAAACUUUCUGACGCAUUUUGGCCCAAAACAUGAGAAUCCAAAUCCGGUCAACAAAAUAAUCUUUGUUAAAAACAUGUUUAGGCUACUUUUGUUUAGUAUAUGCCAAACAAUCAUUUGACUCCUUUAACUAAAAAUUCUAUGUUCAAUUUACUUAUUUAUCUUUGUAGGGAGAACAUUUUGAAAGUUGGAUUUUUUACAGUAUUAGGCCUACAUUGAAGUAACUCCAUUUAUUUACAUUUAUAGAGGUCUUUUUGAGUGAACUUGCAAAGAAGUUUUCACACAACUCAUAUUUUUAAGUUAAUGAGGAAAAUGUUUGGUUACAAAGAAUGAAGUUCUGUGAACUUUUUCAUGGACUUUUGCUCAACCAACACAACAAAAUUAGUUGUUUGAACAUUUUUUGAGUUGGGUUUUUUACAGUGUAAUAAUAGUAAGGUCAGGCACUGAUGACCGAUGCACAGGGCCAGGACAUGUUCGUAAUGGAAAAUAAACGGUAUGCCUUGUUUUGUUAGAAAUUGAUGUCUAAGAGGCUUCAACAUCAUUUUGUGUUAAUGGCUGUGAUAGCAAAAAAAAGAAAACUUGUUCAUUACAACUUUUAGAGUUUAAGCCGUGUAGACUGCAAUGUGAUCAUGUUGAUGUUGCUAAUAAACUUAUGU